GAGGAAGCGACGUCACGUGACGUCACGUGUUCCGUUUCAAACACAGCUUGAACCGGGAGCGCGGUGUUGCAGAUAAAGAAGUAAACUGCGUGAGGUACUUCGAUGAAGCCCACUUAUUUGCGUUUUUUUCACGUUGCAUAACAGCAGGCGGUUGGUGGGUUCGUGUGUCAGUCGGAACGCAGUUCGUGUUGUUGAUAUGCCGCUAACCGACAGCUAGCCUCCGUGUUAGCGUUACCUUGUUGCCGCCUGUGGCCCGGUACUCUCACUGUUGUCCCCCCGUCGGCCGCAGCUUCCACCCACGACAACAAGUUCUCCUUAAAAGCCCCGAUGUCUUUUCCGUUUGAAUCAAAUUGACCAGGUGACUCUUUCCACUGUGCUGCUUGUGUUGAGUUGAAUGAACUGAGGAGGAUGAGCGGGCUGGAGGACAUCAGCCUCCACAUCCAGGAGAGGAUCUCCUCCUUGUACCGCACGCUGGAGCUGUCAGGCGUCGAGUUGCCUCAGAGGAAGAAGCUUGGACAGGAAUUUGUGGCGCUCGAGAAGCUUCUGGAAGAGUUUGAAAAAUGUGUUGGUCGACAGAGAGAACGACUGAAGCAGCUGAAGGAGCUCGAGGAGUCCUUCCAGAAGAAUUUGCAGGAUGUCCAGCACAUACAGGAGAACGUACCUGUACACAUGCCCAAGAAGAAAUGUCCAGCAAACGGCGGUGAACCCGUAGUGACCCAGAAUAACGACGUGCAGCCGGUUCUGUCGGAAAAUGCCAAGAAGACCACCAAGAGCUUCGUCAGAGAGAUGGAGGUGAUCACCAUGCAGGAGUUUGAGAGCAUUCCUCAGUACAUGAAAGGACGCGUGCCGUACGAUCAACUCAACGCGGCGGUGCAGAGCCUCAACGCGGCCGUGUCGGCCAAGUACAAGAUCCUCCAUCAGUCAGCAAAAAGUCUGAACAAUCAAACGCGCAAACAGCGCCAGCGCUUCAAGGACCAGGAGACGAAGGAAACGAAAGGUCACUUUUUCGUGGUGGAGGACGACAUUCGAGAAUUCACCCGGAUGAAGGCAGACAAGCGAUUUCAAGGGAUCCUGAACAUGCUGCGACACAGCCAGCGGCUGCGAGAGCUCCGGGGGGGCGGCGUCGUCCGCUACGUGCUGGUGUGAAUGACGCUCCGUCAGUAAGACACCCGUCUCAUCUACACAUGCUUAUUCAAAGAAUCAUCCAUGGAUCAUUUGCUACCUUCUAUCGGCCAUGUUCAUACAUUGAUAUAUAUGGAUGUGGUGUUUAUGACUAAGUGCUAUACAUUAAUUUUCUCUAUUCUACAUUUUGUAUUUUUGAGCAAAAUAAAAAUAAAAUUCUUAAGGAAAAAGUGAAA